AUGGCGUGGUCGGCGCGCGCCGCGUCGACGCCGCCGUGGACGUCUCCGUCGACCCGCGCGCAGUCAAACCCCCGCCGCAGCCGACGCUUGAGACGAUCGCCGAACGCGACCGAGGACGCCUCGCCGUCCUCGUCGUCCCCCGCCCCGUCCUCGUCACCGCCGUUCGCCCCCGCGACGUGGCGCGAGCUCGACAUCGACUGGGGCAGGCGCCACCUGCAGUGCGUGUUCGUGGACGACGGGCACGGCGUGCUGGCCAGGGGCGCCGAGGGCGUGUGCCAAAGGGUCGCCAAGUGGGCGGGGGCCGGGCACAUGGUCUUCCCGGAGUCCGCCGGCGUGAACGUCGCGGACCGCCGAACGUCGUCGUCGCUUGGGUUGGACGAUCUCGAUGCCGACGCCUCCUUGUCGAUGCUCACCCGCCUCGACCCGAUAUGCGACCACCCGCGGUACGCGACGCGGGCACCGUACGAAUUCACGGACGCCGAUGCCGCGGUCGCGGAUCUGGUCAUCACGUGCGGCGGCGCGGGCGUCGAGCGAAAGGUGAGGGAGAUGGCGCCCUCGGCGGCGGCGGUGGUGGACCUGUGGGAGUUCGCGCAGUUCGCGCGGCGAGCCGAGUUGGACGGGACAGGCGUCGCGGCGAUCGUGCAGAGGUCGCUGGCGCGCGGCGUCGUCGCGCCGUGCAUCGAGGAGGCGAUGAAGCUGCGGGUAGGGGAGCACUGGGGCCUGCCUGCUGACGUGGCGGGAGGAGGCGCGGGGAAGGACGCAAACUUGAAGGACGCCUUGGACGUCGCGAGGGCAAGAACGGUCAUCGGCGUCGCCGGCUUGGUGACGUUCCUCCUGGCCACCUCGCCGCUGGAGGAGGUGGAGCGCGUGACCAAGCGGUGA